CUUGCUCCAAACGUAUAAAAGAACGCAAGCAACAAACAAUGUGUUGUGUUUUUUGCUAAACACUAACCAUGUUCUAGCGAUAAUUUGUGAAAGCUGCUGUCUUUACUGAUUAAGUAUUCAUUUAGAGACAAUAUUCUUGCAGUAACUCUGAAUUUUAAAGAUGUCAGAUAGGCAGGAAUUGCAGAAUAAUAACCGUGACAAGUUCAGGUUUGCCAUCGAUCGAGGCGGCACUUUCACAGACGUUUACUCAGAAUGUCCAAACGGAGAGGUAAAGGUGAUGAAGCUGCUGUCUGUGGAUCCUGCAUAUCCCGAUGCUCCAAGGGAAGGAAUAAGAAGAAUUCUGGAGCAGACAACAGGAAUAAAGAUGCCAGCAGACCAACCAAUUGAUCCAAACUAUAUUGAAUGGAUCAGGAUGGGAACUACAGUAGCUACUAAUGCUCUGUUGGAACGGAAAGGAAAACGAAUGGCUCUUGUUAUUACUGAAGGAUUCCAUGAUCUGUUGCACAUUGGUAACCAGACAAGACCCAAUAUAUUUGAUUUGAAAGUAAUUUGUCCAGAAGUGUUACAUGACGAUGUUAUAGUCGUCAAAGGAAGACUGGUUUUAGUGCAAGGUGACAGUGAGAUUCAAAGACCAGAAAAUUGUAAAAUUGUUACUGGAAGUACUGGAGAAAAGCUUGAAGAGUGGGAAGCAUUGGAUAAAGAUCAGCUUAGAAAAGAUCUGCAGAGAGUCCUCAACAAAGGAAUCAAGAGUUUAGCUGUUGUACUGAUGCACUCUUACAUGUAUGAUGUGCAUGAGAGAGAAGUUGGUGAAUUAGCCUUAGAGAUGGGUUUUGAUCAGGUGUCGCUGUCAUCCACAAUAAUGCCCAUGGUCAGAAUAGUGCCUCGAGGAUACACAGCUUCUGCUGAUGCUUAUUUGACUCCCUGCAUUAAGGAAUACAUUCGUGGCUUCACAGCUGGUUUUCAGGAAGGCAUUCAGGACAAAGUGUUGUUUAUGCAAUCUGAUGGUGGUCUGACUCCUGUUGCUAAGUUUUAUGGAUCAAGGGCUAUUCUUUCUGGACCUGCAGGUGGUGUGGUUGGUUAUGCAAUGACGACUUUUCAGAGAGAGACUGAUCAGCCAGUUAUUGGAUUUGACAUGGGAGGAACAUCAACUGAUGUGUCUCGCUUUGCUGGUCAAUUUGAACAUGUGUUUGAAACAACAACAGCUGGAAUCACGAUACAAGCCCCUCAGCUGGACAUCAACACUGUGGCAGCAGGUGGUGGAUCACGCCUGUUUUUCAGGGCGGGGCUAUUUGUUGUUGGUCCUGAGUCUGCCAGUGCCCAUCCAGGACCUGUGUGUUAUCGGAAAGGUGGUCCACUGGCCGUAACAGAUGCAAAUUUAGUGCUUGGAAGAAUUUUACCUGAAUUUUUCCCAAAAAUCUUUGGAAAGAAUGAAGAUUUACCGUUAGACUUAGAGGGUUCAUGGUCAGCAUUCAAGAAGUUGACAGAACAGGUCAAUGAGUUUCUGUCGUCUCAAGAAGACGGUGCAAAGAAGGGUCCUUUGACUGUGGAGCAAGUUGCCAUGGGAUUCAUCACGGUUGCCAACGAGACCAUGUGUCGACCAAUCAGAGCUCUGACUGAGGCAAGAGGUCACGACACUGCCCGUCACGUGCUGUCAUGUUUUGGCGGCGCUGGCGGUCAGCAUGCUUGCUCCAUUGCUAGGUCGUUAGGAAUGUCUACCGUGUUUAUUCAUCGUUUUGCAGGUAUCCUAUCAGCGUAUGGACUGGCACUAGCAGAUGUGGUACACGAAGCACAGGAACCCUGUGCUCGUGCGUAUAGUAAAGAGUCAUUUAGUUAUCUGGAUGAGAGAAUUGAUAUUCUGAUGCAAAAGUGCAUUGAGGAAUUGAAAAGCCAAGGCUUCGAAGAGAGUCAAAUCUCCACUGAAGCAUUCCUUCACAUGCGGUAUAGCGGUACGGACUGCGCUCUAAUGUGCACUGCUGUCCCUCAGAAAGAAGAAAAGUCAGGAGAAGGUUGCCGGCAUGGUGAUUUUGGACAAGCUUUUAACGAAAGAUACGUGCGAGAGUUUGGUUUCACCAUUCCCAAUCGCCAAAUCCUGAUUGAUGACAUCAGAGUGAGAGGGACUGGGCACUCGAAGACGUCUGUAGCACACGAAGUGCCAAAAGCCACCACCCCUGCCCCGGUGAAGAAGACAACAAAGUGUUACUUUGAAGAUGGUUUCCACGACACGAAGAUUUACCUGCUUGAGGAGUUGUCCGCUGGUCACACGAUAGAUGGACCGGCUAUUAUUGUUGACAAAAACAGCACUAUGCUUGUUGAACCGCAGUGCAAAGCUUCCAUCACCACAUCAGGAGAUAUCAGAAUUGAGAUUGGAGGGAACCAAGGCAAAAAGAGCAUUGGAACUGAAUUAGAUGCCAUUCAGCUAUCAAUAUUUUCUCAUCGUUUCAUGAGCACUGCUGAACAGAUGGGCCGAGUUCUUCAGCGCACAUCAAUUUCGACAAACAUCAAGGAGCGGCUUGACUUUUCUUGUGCUAUGUUCGGUCCUGAUGGGGGCCUGGUUGCCAAUGCUCCCCAUAUCCCAGUCCACCUCGGCUCCAUGCAGGAAACUGUACAAUACCAGAUUCGCACAUUAGGAGAUGAUCUGAAGGAAGGUGACGUCAUACUUAGUAACCACCCGAGUGCCGGGGGAACACAUCUUCCAGAUCUGACUGUCAUCACCCCGGUAUUCUAUCCUGGCCAACCAAAGCCCGUGUUCUUUGUUGCCAGCCGAGGUCACCACGCUGACAUUGGAGGUUCUGCGCCAGGUAUAGUGUCUUUUAAUCAUUGCAAAGUGGUCCACUGGCCAUUUUUCCCAAAAAUCUUUGGAAAGAAUGAAGAUUUACCGUUAGACUUAGAGGGUUCAUGGUCAGCAUUCAAGAAGUUGACAGAACAGGUCAAUGAGUUUCUGUCGUCUCAAGAAGACGGUGCAAAGAAGGGUCCUUUGACUGUGGAGCAAGUUGCCAUGGGAUUCAUCACGGUUGCCAACGAGACCAUGUGUCGACCAAUCAGAGCUCUGACUGAGGCAAGAGGUCACGACACUGCCCGUCACGUGCUGUCAUGUUUUGGCGGCGCUGGCGGUCAGCAUGCUUGCUCCAUUGCUAGGUCGUUAGGAAUGUCUACCGUGUUUAUUCAUCGUUUUGCAGGUAUCCUAUCAGCGUAUGGACUGGCACUAGCAGAUGUGGUACACGAAGCACAGGAACCCUGUGCUCGUGCGUAUAGUAAAGAGUCAUUUAGUUAUCUGGAUGAGAGAAUUGAUAUUCUGAUGCAAAAGUGCAUUGAGGAAUUGAAAAGCCAAGGCUUCGAAGAGAGUCAAAUCUCCACUGAAGCAUUCCUUCACAUGCGGUAUAGCGGUACGGACUGCGCUCUAAUGUGCACUGCUGUCCCUCAGAAAGAAGAAAAGUCAGGAGAAGGUUGCCGGCAUGGUGAUUUUGGACAAGCUUUUAACGAAAGAUACGUGCGAGAGUUUGGUUUCACCAUUCCCAAUCGCCAAAUCCUGAUUGAUGACAUCAGAGUGAGAGGGACUGGGCACUCGAAGACGUCUGUAGCACACGAAGUGCCAAAAGCCACCACCCCUGCCCCGGUGAAGAAGACAACAAAGUGUUACUUUGAAGAUGGUUUCCACGACACGAAGAUUUACCUGCUUGAGGAGUUGUCCGCUGGUCACACGAUAGAUGGACCGGCUAUUAUUGUUGACAAAAACAGCACUAUGCUUGUUGAACCGCAGUGCAAAGCUUCCAUCACCACAUCAGGAGAUAUCAGAAUUGAGAUUGGAGGGAACCAAGGCAAAAAGAGCAUUGGAACUGAAUUAGAUGCCAUUCAGCUAUCAAUAUUUUCUCAUCGUUUCAUGAGCACUGCUGAACAGAUGGGCCGAGUUCUUCAGCGCACAUCAAUUUCGACAAACAUCAAGGUAAGCUUUAAUAUUUCUUUUCGUAGAAGCGGAAGUACACUUGAAUUAUUUUUCCCAAAAAUCUUUGGAAAGAAUGAAGAUUUACCGUUAGACUUAGAGGGUUCAUGGUCAGCAUUCAAGAAGUUGACAGAACAGGUCAAUGAGUUUCUGUCGUCUCAAGAAGACGGUGCAAAGAAGGGUCCUUUGACUGUGGAGCAAGUUGCCAUGGGAUUCAUCACGGUUGCCAACGAGACCAUGUGUCGACCAAUCAGAGCUCUGACUGAGGCAAGAGGUCACGACACUGCCCGUCACGUGCUGUCAUGUUUUGGCGGCGCUGGCGGUCAGCAUGCUUGCUCCAUUGCUAGGUCGUUAGGAAUGUCUACCGUGUUUAUUCAUCGUUUUGCAGGUAUCCUAUCAGCGUAUGGACUGGCACUAGCAGAUGUGGUACACGAAGCACAGGAACCCUGUGCUCGUGCGUAUAGUAAAGAGUCAUUUAGUUAUCUGGAUGAGAGAAUUGAUAUUCUGAUGCAAAAGUGCAUUGAGGAAUUGAAAAGCCAAGGCUUCGAAGAGAGUCAAAUCUCCACUGAAGCAUUCCUUCACAUGCGGUAUAGCGGUACGGACUGCGCUCUAAUGUGCACUGCUGUCCCUCAGAAAGAAGAAAAGUCAGGAGAAGGUUGCCGGCAUGGUGAUUUUGGACAAGCUUUUAACGAAAGAUACGUGCGAGAGUUUGGUUUCACCAUUCCCAAUCGCCAAAUCCUGAUUGAUGACAUCAGAGUGAGAGGGACUGGGCACUCGAAGACGUCUGUAGCACACGAAGUGCCAAAAGCCACCACCCCUGCCCCGGUGAAGAAGACAACAAAGUGUUACUUUGAAGAUGGUUUCCACGACACGAAGAUUUACCUGCUUGAGGAGUUGUCCGCUGGUCACACGAUAGAUGGACCGGCUAUUAUUGUUGACAAAAACAGCACUAUGCUUGUUGAACCGCAGUGCAAAGCUUCCAUCACCACAUCAGGAGAUAUCAGAAUUGAGAUUGGAGGGAACCAAGGCAAAAAGAGCAUUGGAACUGAAUUAGAUGCCAUUCAGCUAUCAAUAUUUUCUCAUCGUUUCAUGAGCACUGCUGAACAGAUGGGCCGAGUUCUUCAGCGCACAUCAAUUUCGACAAACAUCAAGGAGCGGCUUGACUUUUCUUGUGCUAUGUUCGGUCCUGAUGGGGGCCUGGUUGCCAAUGCUCCCCAUAUCCCAGUCCACCUCGGCUCCAUGCAGGAAACUGUACAAUACCAGAUUCGCACAUUAGGAGAUGAUCUGAAGGAAGGUGACGUCAUACUUAGUAACCACCCGAGUGCCGGGGGAACACAUCUUCCAGAUCUGACUGUCAUCACCCCGGUAUUCUAUCCUGGCCAACCAAAGCCCGUGUUCUUUGUUGCCAGCCGAGGUCACCACGCUGACAUUGGAGGUUCUGCGCCAGGCUCUAUGCCACCUGAUUCGCAUUCCAUAUUUGAAGAAGGUGCCGUGUUCAAGUCAUUCAAAAUUGUAAAAGAAGGUGUCUUCCAGGAAGAAGCACUGAUUGAAAAAUUGAUGGAUCCCAGCAAGUAUCCCGGAUGUAGUGGCACUCGUAAUCUCCAUGACAACCUCUCUGAUCUCAAAGCCCAGGUGGCAGCUAAUCAUAAGGGAAUCAAGCUCAUUAGCGGCUUAAUAGAGGAGUACAGUCUACCAGUGGUGCAGGCUUACAUGACGUAUAUUCAGCACAAUGCUGAAGUUGCUGUUCGAGAAAUGCUGAAAGAAAUUGCUGAAAAAACUAAGGAACGCACUGGAAAAACAAUCUUGUCCUCUGUAGAUCACAUGGAUGAUGGCUCGUGUAUCAAACUCACGAUAUCCAUUGAUGAGAAGGAGGGCAGUGCAGUGUUCGAUUUUACGGGAACUGGGCCCGAAAUGUACGGCAAUUGUAAUGCACCUCGUGCUAUCACUUUCUCUGCCAUCAUCUACUGUCUGCGGUGCAUGGUCAAACACUCCAUACCGCUGAACCAGGGCUGUUUAGCGCCAGUGAAGGUGGUAAUCCCCCCCGGAAGUGUGCUCGACCCGACGGAAUGCGCGGCGGUUGUUGGCGGGAAUGUGUUGACCAGUCAACGAGUCGUCGACGUGGUGUUGAAAGCCUUUGAAGUAUGCGCUGCCUCGCAGGGCUGCAUGAACAACACGACCUUUGGUGAUGAGGGAUGUGGCUACUACGAGACAAUCUGCGGGGGAUCUGGUGCGGGUCCCACGUGGGACGGUCGUAGUGGAGUUCAUGUGCACAUGACAAACACGAGGAUAACAGAUCCAGAGAUCAUUGAACGAAGGUUUCCAGUGAUUCUGCGCCGUUUUCAUCUCAACCCUGGCACUGGUGGUAAUGGUUUUCAUCGGGGUGGUGACGGUGUAGUGCGCGAGUUGUUGUUCCGGAGAUCUCAGGUGCUUUCCGUUCUCGGUGAGAGAAGAGCCUUCAGGCCUUACGGACUCAAAGGCGGUGAACCGGGAUCUGCAGGGUUAAGUUUGCUCUUGAAGUCGGAUGGUCGAAUAAUCAAUUUGGGAGGCAAGGCAUCGGUUCACAUGAAACCCGGGGACUGUUAUCGUGUCCAAACUCCAGGCGGUGGUGGUUACGGAGCACCAAGUGGAAGCCUGGAUCAUACUAAUGAUGUCGGUGACCCGCCGUCAAGAAGUGAUGAGGAGAAACCACAACACUUUGCGGCCUGUGGGAGUUUACACAACUACAAGAUGAUGCAAGAGUCCGCUUAACGUUCAGGGAACUUCCUAACCUGAGAAAACACAGGUCUCUCAGUUGGCAGGCUCGAUUCUUCUUCCGCUUGAUCGAGAGACUGAACCCGAAAAAUUCCAGACUAAUGACGUAGCUUUACAGAGAUCCGUGUGACCUCUCUGAUUGGUUGUUAUUUGCGCGCGAAAAUUCAAAAUGAAGCAACAACCAAUCAUGUAGAGCUAAGUCAUCAGCUUUAGUGUCCAGUCUCCGACGUCCUUCGAGCGAGGGUAGAAUAGAGUGAGCAAGCAGAUACUUCUAAAAUCUGAGGCCUUGAACUAGGACGAUUUUGAAAUUUUCUCUAGGAGCUUUAGAAAUAAAUAUGAAAAGCCUUUGUUUUUUCAAGAAAUUAGCACGAAAUUGAAAGUUAUUUUAAAAGCUUUAAGAAAAAAUUUUCGACCCUGUGUUUUGAAAGAACUUAGGGCGAUCUUGAGAUUUAUUUUAGGAGCUUUAGAAAUACAUUUGGAAGCCUUGUCAGGAGCUUGGGGGGAUUUUGAAAUUUAUGUUAGAGCUUUAGAAAUACAUUUUAGUCACUUGAACCAUUGUCAACAUAUAGUUUCUCCUUAAUCUCCAUACAUUUCUCGUAGUACUAGUUGGUAGAAUUUUACUUUAUCCAAACAAUUCCUUUUUUCAAAUGAUUAUGUAUUGAUAUUAUUACGAGAAGUGAGAUUUUAAUCUCAAGAGUUACGCGAUGACGUCAUUCAUGCAGACGUGUGAUCCAUCUUUGGCCACAUUUCCAAUAAGUUAUUGAUACCACAUAAAACAUGCAAUUUUAUCCUAACAAUAGCAAAGUUGUAACUCACCCAUACAUGCACUGAAAAUGUUGGUCAUUUGAGCAAUUUUAUAACAAAACAAACGUACUGCUAAGUUCGUCGAAUAUUUGGAGGGAAGAAAACGCAUUGGAUAAAAAGAGGAGCCAAAUGUAAACAUUCGACUGUUGGUAUUUUCAAUAAUUUAUUCACACAUAAAAAAGAGCAAGCAAAUGAAUAACGUAAUAAAGACAGACUUCUUUGCAGAGCUUGGGACAUAAAAGGGCUGUGAUGUUUCGUCGGUUUUAGAGUAGUCCAGAACAAACAUAAGAACUUUUAAACGUUUACUUCCUGAUCACAUAAACCGCAGAUAUUAAAACGGAGAUAAAUACGAUAUGAAUGUAAUAAUAUAUAAUAGCAAUUUUGAUCUAUUUUUCAAUUUUUUUUUGCGGACCACAUAAUUUUGUGGUACUUUAGGUAGAGAUUUCAAAUUCUAGAUUGAAAAUAACGCACAAAUUGUUUGUUACUUGUUAUGCUGAAGUAGUAAAGUAUGUGUGACAACACGAAGAAUCA